AUGGCCCAUGGCGCCGCACAAUGCACUCUGGCAGCGCCAGGCUGUGUCUACCUUACCCCUGAGCAGGAGGAACAGCUCGUGGAUCGCCUCUACACGCAGUCCCUGCUGCAGAAGGAGGCUACCCUGGCAGAGUUAGAUGCGCGCUACUACCCUGUGACCGCCUCGCAGACCAUCUCGCAGGAGACGCUGCAGAAGAGUGUGCAGCGCCAGGUAGAUGUUGAAAUGGAACGGCGACAGCAGCGCCGGAAGGAGAUGGACGCCAUGGCGGUUGCCAAGGCGAUGGGCCACGCAAGCGGCAGCCGUGCCGCCGCUUCCAAGAAAACGGUGACAGCGGAAGAGACGGACGUCAGCGUUCGGCGCCUUUACGACGACGCACUCGCGCAAAAGAAGGCGAGGAAGGCGGAGAGCGAGCGCCUGUACGCGUUUCACCCAGAGGACCUCAAGUCGGCCAAGAUGUCGAAGGCGGCGCUGCAAGAGUCCGUCAACCGCAUGAGCAAGCCGAAAAAGACGGAGUUCGCGGUUGCGGAGGUGAACAAGAUCUAUGGCCUGUGA